AUGAUGAAUCCACACGAGAGGACGGCCGAAAACACGGAGUACAGACGGAGUUAUACCUGGAAUACAGCCCAUGGUGAUUAUCCACAUAAUCAAGCUGCUACAAAAUUAUGUAACACGGAAUACAACACUUCAUUUGGUUGGCCAAAGAAUGGCAGAGAUGUUCAGUACAGAGAUAUUGAGCCGACAAUUGUGGCGAAGAGAGUGGAUGCGGUCGACUCGACGCCGAAGAAGUCAAUGACAAUCACUAAUUUAGCGGAUGUGACCAAAAACAAAGAGAUCGUUCCCUUCGUUAAAGACACACAAACUGUUGCCACACAUGAGAAACCAAAACACUCUGAAUAUCACUCAAAAUUUCGUCCAUUUUCGUCGUACGGUUACAUUUCGGGCAAUGGAUUUAAAAAGCUUAAAGACUUGGACGCCAUGAAUAAGACAAAGGACUGGUAUUUUGAAAGGGAAGAGAGGAAUAAACAAGCAAAUGUGUACAAAACUCGUUCCCAACUUGACCCAAAAGAAUUCAGUCAUCCAAUUGCAAGCGAAAGUCUGGAAAAGAUCUACUCUCAGGGCUUGCUAUGGAAUAACUAUCACGUAGACCGGGGACUACAGGCGCUCGCUUUGGCCACAACUCUCAAGAUUAUUGAAGAGAAAAAGCAAGAAAGAGAAUUCAGUUUAACACCAAAAUCUGCCGGUCGAAUACGGUAUCUGAGUUCCGCGCCGUCCAGUCUUCGGACAGGAAUCCAAAACACAAGCAAUUCGUCGAUUCGCACAAAAUCGCCACAAAUUAUGCCCCAUUCAGACGUCCGAUCGGUUGACAAACUGAUCAAAACGGCGCCAAUAAGUGUUUCGCCUAAACCUGAGAGCAAGAUAUGGUUAAAACCGAAACCAAAAGCACAGGAACCGAGCGAACCCAUCAAACCAUUGCCAUCGGAACCGGUUGUGAACCGACCCAAUAUUUUUUCCACCAUUAGAAAUGAACAAAAAGCUUCCGCAGCCAACCCUCUCAUCAACUUUGAUGACAACAAGAAGGCUCCGCCCGUACAGCCGAUGCCCAGAACCACACAUCUUAAGACAUCUAAUGAUAUAACUGGAGUCAAGUCUCCCUCUCCUGACUCCAUGAAAGUGCAAAACGACAAACCAAUUAAUUUGAGCAACAAAUACAGCGCGGAUAUGACCGCUAUUAAAUCAGUGCCCUUAAGCGAAAAACCAAAAAUUGGGGACAAAAUGAUUGCAUCACAAGAUAAGAGCAAACCAUUGGCAGAAAUAAAGCCGCCGUUGGCAGCGAAGCCCACGGCUAAAGUGCAACCCUCGCCGUCGACUUCUCUCACAUCAAUCCCUAAUCCGGGAUCAAAGGCUGUCAUCCAAUCCAUCGACGAAGAAGUAAAGAUUGUUAAACCGCCUAAAAAGACAGGCAAUGUCUUGGAUAAGGCCCGACACUUCUGGAGCAAAAAAUAGACAUUCAUUACACAUAACAAUGCAAUUGUCUUACGAUCACUAUAUAAGACCAAUUAUUUAUGGGUAUUAAACAGUUUAUGUCCACUCUUUACACUAUAAUCACUAAUCAGUAGUUUAUAAUUA